AUGGGAAUAUGGUUCUAUCUUGUUGCAUGUGUUGUUGUUAUAUGUGUUAAAGUCUUUCUGAAAAUCAAACACAACAAGAGGUUACCACCAAGCCCUCCAACCAUACCCAUCUUAGGUAACAUAUUUUGGCUCCUUAAAUCCUCCAAAAAUUUCGCUGAUCUUGAACCUGUUCUUCGUUCUUUACGUUCCAAAUAUGGUAACAUAGUCACCAUUCACAUAGGCUCCAACCCUUCCAUUUUCAUAACAUGUCAAGAAGCUGCUCACAGAGCACUUGUUAAGAAUGGCACAGUUUUUGCUGGUCGACCAUUGGCUCUUCAAACCACACAGGUUUUCUUCCCAAACCAGUACACUGUCACCACUUCUCCGUUUGGCCACAACUGGAGAAUGAUGCGCCAGAAUUUGAUGCAAGUGAUUCAACCUUCUCAGUUGAAGUCAUAUUCUCGUUGUCGCAAGUGGGCAUUGAACAUAUUAAAGAGACACAUCACAGAGGAAAUUGAGUCUGGCAACAAGGCAGUACCAAUGGAGGAGCAUUUCAACUAUGCGUUGUAUGCUUUAUUUUCGUACAUAUGUUUCGGAGAGAAAUUUGAUGAGAGAACCGUGAGGAAUAUCCAAAGGGUGCAGCAUGGUUUUCUUCACAACUUCAUUAAAUUCAACGUGCUGAAUUUUGCACCUUUCUUGUCUAAGAUCGUGUUCAGAGGGCUGUGGAGAGAGAUCUUGAAGAUCCGUGAAGAUCAGGUGAAUGUGUUCCUCCCUAUCAUAAAAGCACGCCAAGAGAAGAUAAAGGGCGAGGUUGGUGUGGAAGAGUUUAAGGCUUAUGUGGAUACCCUUUAUGAUAUGAAGCUCCCGAGCAAUGGGAGCAAGUUGAGGGAUGAAGAGUUGGUGAGUAUGUGUGCUGAGUUUAUGAUAGGUGGAACUGAUACAACAGUGACAACAUGGGUAUGGUGCAUGGCGAAUCUGGUGAAGUACCAGGAGGUGCAAGAGAAACUGUUUGAUGAAAUUAAGGAUGUUGUUGAAGGUGGUGAAGAGAUUGAGGAGGAGCAUUUGAAAAGGAUGCCUUAUUUGAAGGCUGUGGUGUUGGAGACUCUAAGGAGGCACCCUCCGGGGCAUUUUAUAUUGCCGAGGGCAGUGACAGAGGACACUGUUAUGGACGGGUAUGAGAUACCGAAAAAUGCAAUGGUGAAUUUUCUUGUGGCUGAGUUUGGGUGGGAUUCGAAUGUGUGGGAGGAUCCUAUGGAGUUUAAACCAGAAAGGUUUUUGAGGGAUGAUGAUGGUAAGUUUGAUUUGAAAGGGACGAUGGAGAUUAAAAUGAUGCCUUUUGGAGCAGGGAGAAGAGUUUGUCCUGCAAUAAGCAUGGCAACUCUUCAUCUUGAGUACUUUGUGGCCAAUUUGGUGAGGGAUUUCAAAUGGAGUCUUGAAGAUGGGUGUGAGGUUGACAUGACUGAGAAGCAAGCCUUCACUAUUGUGAUGAAGAAUCCAUUGAAGCCAAUGGUGUCUCCAAGAAUCACUUGA